CGGGGGCCGCCGCAGCCGCGGCCGCGGGAUGGGGCGCGCGCGCGGACCCCGUCGGCAGCCGCAGCCGCCUCAGUGACUCGGCCGGUCGCCGCCCCCCGCGCGGCGCCCGCCCUCAGCUCAUGCGCUCGCCGAGCGGCGGCAGCAGCGGGAGAGGCCGCCCCCGCCCGAGGAGCUGAGCGCCGAGCGCCGAGCCCGCGCCGGCGGGAGUCCGAGCGGGCGGGCAGCGUGGGGCGGCCGGGCGCUCCGAGCCGGGGCCGCCGCCGGCGCCCCUGGGAGAUGUGCCCAGAGGAGGGCGGCGCGGCCGGGCUGGGCGAGCUGCGCUCCUGGUGGGAAGUCCCGGCCAUCGCGCACUUCUGCUCGCUCUUCCGCACCGCGUUCCGCCUGCCCGACUUCGAGAUCGAGGAGUUAGAAGCAGCUCUUCACAGAGAUGACGUAGAGUUUAUCAGUGACCUGAUCGCCUGCCUGCUUCAGGGCUGCUAUCAACGGAGGGAUAUCACGCCCCAGACGUUCCACAGCUACCUGGAGGACAUCAUCAACUACCGCUGGGAGCUCGAAGAAGGGAAACCCAACCCUCUGAGAGAAGCCAGUUUCCAGGAGCUGCCUCUUCGUACUCGUGUGGAAAUCCUGCACCGACUCUGUGAUUAUCGGCUGGAUGCAGAUGACGUCUUUGAUCUUCUCAAGGGUCUGGAUGCAGACAGUCUCCGUGUGGAACCAUUGGGUGAAGACAAUUCCGGGGCGCUCUAUUGGUAUUUCUAUGGAACGCGAAUGUACAAGGAGGACCCUAUACAAGGAAAAUCCAAUGGAGAGCUCUAUUUGAGCAGGGAAAGCGAAGGACAAAAGAAUGUCUCAAGUGUUCCUGGGAAAACAGGAAAAAGAAGAGGAAGACCCCCAAAAAGGAAGAAACUCCAGGAAGAGACUACAGUGAGUGAAAAGCCAGAAGAAAACUCCUUGGUAUCUGAGAUACAGACAAGAAAUGGAUCCCAAGGGCCGGGUCAAGGCACUUGGUGGCUCCUUUGCCAAACAGAAGAAGAAUGGAGACAGGUCACAGAGAGUUUUCGGGAGCGGACCUCCCUUCGAGAACGGCAGCUCUAUAAGCUCCUCAGCGAGGAUUUCCUGCCUGAAAUCUGUAACAUGAUUGCCCAGAAGGAAAAGCGUCUACAGCGCACAAAGGCAGAGUUGCAACCUAGGUGGAUGUCUGACCACCUGUUCAUCAAAUCCAUCAAGCGAGAGGAGACCCCUGUGCUCACCAGAAUAGAAAAACAGAAGCGCAGAGAGGAGGAAGAAGAACGGCAGAUUCUUCUAGCAGUGCAGAAGAAGGAGCAGGAGCAGAUGCUAAAGGAGGAGAGGAAACGAGAGUUGGAGGAAAAAGUCAAGGCAGUGGAAGAUCGAGCUAAGAGGAGAAAGCUCAGGGAAGAAAGGGCAUGGUUGCUGGCACAAGGAAAGGAGCUCCCCCCAGAACUUUCUCAUCUGGAUCCUAGCUCCCCCAUGAGGGAAGAAAAGAAGACUAAAGACCUCUUUGAGUUGGAUGAUGAUUUCACUGCCAUGUAUAAAGUUCUAGAUGUGGUAAAGGCUCACAAGGAUUCCUGGCCCUUUUUGGAGCCUGUGGAUGAAUCAUAUGCCCCAAACUACUACCAGAUUAUUAAGGUCCCCAUGGAUAUCUCAAGCAUGGAAAAGAAACUGAAUGGAGGUGUAUACUGUACCAAGGAGGAAUUUGUAAAUGACAUGAAAACUAUGUUCAGGAAUUGUCGGAAAUACAAUGGAGAAAGUAGUGAGUAUACCAAGAUGUCUGAUAAUCUGGAGAGGUGUUUCCAUCGGGCUAUGAUGAAGCAUUUUCCCGGUGAAGAUGGAGACACAGAUGAAGAGUUUUGGAUCAGAGAGGAUGAAAAGCGGGAGAAGAGACGGAAUCGGGCGGGGCGAAGUGGCGGAAGCCAUGUUUGGACCCGCUCCAGGGACCCCGAGGGGCCCAGCCGGAAACAGCAGCCCAUUGAGAAUGGAGGGCAGCCGUUGCCACCCGCGCGCCGAGCCUCCCCUUCUGCAGAUGAUCCGAACAGCAGUUCCUCCCAACUCCCUCGGGGCGGGGGCGCCUCACAUGGCCGAGGCUUUUCUCGUCCCCUCUGUUACAGUGGGAUGCCCAGCCAGACACCCCUUUUAAACCAGAUGAGGCCAGCAGUACCAGGAGCAUUUGGCCCUCUUCGAGGAUCAGACCCUGCCACCUUAUAUGUCUCCCCUAGAGUCCCAGAGCCGCACCCUCGAGAGCCUGGACAGCAGCAGCCAGCUUUUGCCAUGCAGCCUCCUGUUGGAAUUAACAACCAUAGAGGACCCAGGCUAGGCACAGCCGAAGAGAAUCAGGUGUGUGGAGGACUGACGCAGAUUGCUAACAUGGGAUCACACCCUGGAUCCUUGCAGCUUGGGCAGAUGAGUGGCCCCAGUCAGGAUGGAAAUAUGUAUCCCCCAACUCAAUUCCAGCCAGGAUUUAUUACUCCCAGGCACGGUGGGGCUCCAGCCCGACCCCUAGACUUUCCUGAAAGCUCAGAAAUUCCUCCUGGCCACAUGUACCGAUCAUACAAGUACCUGAAUCGAGUGCAGUCUGCUGUCUGGAAUGGGAACCACGGUGCUACAAACCCAGGACCCUUGGGGCCAGAUGAGAAGCCCCCCAUGGGGCCGGGACCCUCUCACCAGCCUCGUACUCUUGGUCACAUGAUGGAUUCCCCAGUGAUGAGACCACCUCUCCCUCCAAACCAGUGGACUGAACAGUCAAACUUUCUACCUCAUGGAGUCCCUUCUUCAGGGUAUAUGCGACCACCCUGUAAAUCUGGUGGACAUCGGUUACAGCCACCUCCAGCCCUAGCGCCCAGUCCUCUCUUUGGAGCUCCCUCCCAGGCACUGCGGGGUGUGCAGCGAGGGGCCUCCAUGAUGGAUAGCCCGGAGAUGAUCGCCAUGCAGCAGCUGUCUUCCCGUGUCUGCCCGCCAGGUGUGCCUUACCACCCCCGACAGCCCGCUCCCCACCACGCGCCUAGCCCCUUCCCACCAGCUGCUCACUCAGCAUCAGUAAGUGUGUCUGCCCCCAAGCCUGCCUUGGGGAACCCUGGGAGGAUGCCGGAUGACAGUGAGACACAAGAGCCUGAGAAUGACCGAGCAGAUCCCUUGCCUGGGCUUGAGGAGAAACCACCAAGUGUCGGUGCAUCAGAGGGGGUGUACCUCAAACAACUACCUCACCCCACGCCUCCUCUGCAGACCGACUGUGCCAGGCAGAGCUCUCCACAAGAAAGGGAAACAGAAGGCCCGAGGCUCAAAAGCGACUCCUUGGAAUCUGGAGACAACUGUAAAGCAACAAAGGGCAAGAGUCCCUGGACCACAGAGAGCAGCUAUGCCAGCACACCAGCCCAAGGGUGUAUGAGAGACCUCGCCGGGCUGGCGGAGAGAGGGGCUCUACCCGAAAACGGAGUGAUCGUUGAAGCAUCCCCGUGUGGGUCAGAGGGGAAGGGCUUCAGUGGUAGUGGUUCAGAAAAGCCACUGUGCCCCAGAGGCAAAACACUGCAGGACACCAUGCCAUGUACAGGACAGACGCCAGCUACGCUUCCUAACACAGACCCUAAUUUGAUGGGAGGCACCAUAAGCCAGUUUUCUCCCUUGUACAUGCCUGGCCUGGAAUACCCAAGUUCAGCUACACAUUACCACAUCACUCCAGGCCUGCAGGCUUUGGGCCCUGUGAUGGGAGGUAAACCCUCAGUCUCACACCCUCAGCAGUUUCCCCCCAGGGGCUUUCAGUCUAACAACCCGCAUUCGGGGAUCUUUCCCCGGUAUCGCCCCCACCAAGGGAUGAGGUAUUCCUACCAGCCACCACCUCAGGCUUCCUACCAUCACUAUCAGCGAACUCCUUAUUAUACAUGUCCACAGGGUUUUUCUGACUGGCAGAGACAUCUCCAUCCCCCGGGAAGCCCAAGUGGGCCCCUACCUAGUCAUCCUCUGCCACCAAGACCCCUCUUCUCAGAUAAGAGCGCCAUGGCUGAUCUCCAAGGCUGUGAGACACUGGGUGCUGCCUUAACCUCCCCACCCCGAAUGGAGGCGGUGGCUGCCACGGUGGUCACCACUGAGGGGCAGAAUCCUGGUCCAGAGGGAGAGAAGCUGGAUGAGUCUAUGGAGAGGCCAGAAAGUCCCAAAGAAUUUUUAGACCUGGACAACCAUAAUGCAGCUACCAAGCGACAGAGUUCAUUGUCAGCCAACGAAUAUCUUUAUGGAAGUCCUCCUCCCCCUCUGAGUUCGGGGAUGGGGUUUGGCUCAUCUGCUUUCCCACCCCACGGCGUGAUGCUACCGUCGGGGCCUCCUUACACCCCUCAGCGGCCGGCCAGCCACUUCCAGCCCAGGGCUUACUCUUCCCCUGUGGCUGCUCACCCUCCUCGCCACCCAGCGGCCGCCCAGCCCAAUGGCCUCUCUCAGGAGGGCCCCAUCUAUCGCUGCCAAGAGGAGGGCCUGGGCCACUUUCAAGCAGUAAUGAUGGAACACGUUGCCGCUGGAAGUGGAAUGAGGGGACCUUUCCAGGACAUGUACAGACCGUCAGGAAUACAAAUGCAUCCGGUCCAGGCACAGGCCUCGUUUCCAAAGACCCCAGCACCGGCAGCAUCGCAGGAAGAGCUGCCACCACAUAAGCCCCCAACACUUCCCCUUGAUCAAAGCUAGUCCAAGGAGGAAAUGACCCCCAAGGAAAUGGAAAGCUGCACAUGAAGACUGGAACAAGGAGAAUCUGGGGGAACCAUCUCCCCCAUCACUGUUCCUCUCACCCCGCUGCGCCCUUCACCAUGCAUCACUUCAUGCCAUCUCAUCGCUGGACCAUUCCUGAGCCCUGGAAGCACAUCCUUCGAUAACCGACACACUGCUGCUGAGGUCCUGGGUUGGGGAUCUCUCAGAUGGCUGAUAGUCAAGAACAAAUGAACUGGAACCAGUGAUGGCUUUUCUGAGUCCUGAGACUCUUGUUCAGGGAAAAUCAUCUUAAACUUGGCAGGGGGGCAUACUUAAUGGAGUGGUGCUUGUAAACCUUCAUGAGCAGCUAAACUCAGGUAUAUGUUUGGGGAAGGGACUACUUGUAGUAUUAAUGUGUUUGGAGCUGGGUCCAGUUUACAGAAUUUUCAUGUUGCCUUUUAAAAUAAUUUUUGUUGUUGGUGGUGAAUGUAUUGUACAUAGAGUGGGAAGGGUGGGUGGGGAUGUGGAAGAAAUGGAAAUCCUCACUGGUGGGCACACCGCACUGGAGUGAUCCUUAUCUGUUUACAAUCAUGUCACGCUGAAUACUUUGGGGAGCUGGAGACGAGGGAAGGAAAGGUUUGCUCGUGUGACAUGGCACUGGGUUUCCUCAGUGGCCAGCCAUCCUUUUAGUGCUCAAGGCCUUCUUUCUAGUCAGCCCAAGAGAGUACUGUUACACUGCCCCCAACAGCUCAGCUGCUCAGUUUGGAGGCAGAGAGCUCUCACGGCCUUCCAGAAGCUUCAGCCCAGAAGACAGGCUGCCCUCUCCUCUGGUGGCCCAAAUUCUGGAUAAGAGAGCAGUGCCCUUCCUGAAUGCCACCAGCCCUACCAGAUAGUAGUAAACAGUAUCAGGAAUUGGGAUCACUAGAGUGUUUUGCUUAUUAGAGGAUAAAAGGAAUCGCCCUCUUCACAGGCCUCCAGACUGUGGUCUGGAAGGCGCCAGGCAAAGCUUCUGGCACAAGCCACGUUGUGCGUGAGUGACUACUCAGGUCUGUGUAUGUUAGUAUCAACAAAGAAAUUGCACAGUUUUGAAUAGGAAAAAUGUAUUCUAUAGAUUUACAGUUUGGAUUUAGGAAUAUUUCAAUAUAUAUAGUUUUUAUUCAGUUUAAGUGAAUCAUAGUAAAAUAAGUCAUGGUGAUUUAAAAUAGCUAUCAGGAGCAAGUUCUUGGAAAUCAUUUGUCGUAUCUGUGAUAGCAAACAAUUUUACAGUAUUAAAUUACUUUAUUACAGUUUUAGAAGUGAAUUACACUGGAUUCUCCCUGUUUAGCAUUCUGUAUUUGAUUUUAGCUGAGAUGCCACCAAAGUUAGGACUCAUGUUUUAAACUUUUGAAUAUCCCACAAAGAAAAAAAGAAAAACUAAGGAAAAUGCCCUGAAAUUACAGGUUUUGUAAAGAAUAGCAUAUUUUUAAGCAUGCCUUUGGGAUAGUAGAAAACCUUCCGUAUAAUAUUAAUCUGCCCUAGUUUCUUAUAAAUUCACCUGUGUGAGGGUCAGUAGAACCCCUCCCUCCAAUUCCAGCAUCCUUGAUGAAACAUGGAGCUGGCAUGUUUAAAGUUUGCUAAACAUAGGCUAUCAGUAGGAAAAGAAACAAAAGGGAGACGUCUGUGUGAUACAGCUGGAACCCAAGUCACCAACUCCAGUAUAAUGGAAGUUUGUACAAAGAAGCGAGUGUUUACUGACCUGGCUGACGGCUCAGGCAGGAUGGAGAGUUGGAUCGGGAACACAGAUGCCUUUAAGAUCACAAUGCACAAAAAUACCACUGUUUCUCUAAUCGACUUUAAUUUUAAAUUUGGUGUGCUUUUUUUAAGUGGAAUGAGUUUUGAGACUGUGUUCUCAUUUGAUCCUGAUUCUUGUUAGAAACUAUCACAUCGUCAUCUGGUGUUUGCAGGAAGAAUAGAUGAGGAGGUUCGUGGACAGGCUCAGUCAGCCCUUGAACUAGGGAAAGGUGGCGUGGAGGAAGCGUUCCUACUUCCAUGUCCGUGUGUGCAAAAGCAGGGAGGAGGAAAGACCAGCUGGUCUUUACAGCUAGUUUGGGCGUGGUUAGACCUGGUCUAGGCCUAGAGCAUUCUGCCACCGACGGCCUUUCUCUUUUCACAGUAAAGCUGCUUUGAGAGGCCUCUGGUUCCUCCCUGACUGGGAGCACAGGAACCAUGGGGCCUUUUCCUCUGGUGCUGGAACUACAGGGGAUUGCUUUGUGCCGAAUCACCCUGGGGCACAGGUAGGAUGGGCUGAAAGCAGUAGGUGAGCUGAUUUGUACCUGUCCUUCCGCCCUGGUGGUGUUGGAGCAGCUGUGUCCACACUGUUCUAGGUAACCCUUUCUCCUCUCUCCCAGCCCAUUCCCCCAAUUACCUGUUGCUAGAGAGAAGCUGUGAACAAUAUAGGACAAAAACAGUAAAUUCUUUUAUUGUUAAUCUCCCUUCUUGGUAUGUAGGGAGAUGAGAAGAAUACUGAGGGAGAACAGUAGGAGAUUGAACUGCUGUGAGCACAACACUGUGAACAAGGGCAGCAGCAGACCCGCAGUCCUGCUGACCCCACGUGGGACGGGUGUGCACACAGGUGCCAGUGCUUUGUCCUUUGCCUGCUGUGUCUUGAACCUUGAGUGGUCUUCAAAGUGCCGAUCUGCUGAGAGCAGGCGGGAGCUGCAGGGUCACAGGAGCACUGGAUGGAGAGCUGCCUGGACCAGUGUCCUGCUCUUCUGCCAGGCGGGCCUGUCUUUUCACCUCUUCUUUCUCCUCCAGCACUUCUUCCCAAGUGUCUUCAGCAGGCGCAAGCGCAUUUGCCACCUUCUACACUCGGGAUUCAUGGAUAAGUGACAUGCUGUAACUGGAUAGGAGUGCGUAAGGACAUCCUGAAAAGCCUCCGGCCUCAGUCGAGGAGGCCUUUGACACUGCGGCUCCCUGCCACCUGUUGAUGUGCCGGCUCUUGGUGGUCCCCACAAGGGACAGCCGAGCUCCAUGGGUCAUGAGAAAUGCUCUCACACCUGUUUGAUUGAACAUCUAGGGCUGACCUUGAUUUAGAGUUGCUAAUAAGUUCGAAACUCUUUCCCCAAGACCCAAGAGAAAUAAAAGACCCACAAAGAAAAGUAGAGCCUUUGGGAAGGUUUCCACUUUGGGUUUUUUUUUUUUUCCCAUCAGAGUCUAUUCAUUUAGUUUUUGGCUAAAAUUUAUUAUAGUAAAUGUAUAUGGAGAAUAAAUAAGGACAAAAUACGCAGAUUCUUACUCAUAACUUUUUCCAUCUCACUUUUUAAAAGUAAAAUUAAACCCGUUCCAUCUCACCUUAGUCGGAUUUGCUUAGUUCUUCUGGUGCACACAAGCACACAGCUUAUUAUAAACAGUUCUUUGUUAUUUUAUUAUUGAGUGAGCCCAAGUGGGCGAACUGUGUAAUGCUCAUCUUCCUUUUUAUGUUUAUUGAAAACCUUAAGACCAGUAGUUUGUGCCCCUUGAAGUUCAGUCAAACCUCAGCAAAAAGUGUCGGUUCCUCCUGGCCUCGGGCCGAGACCUUGAAAGUGCUUCUUGUGACUAGCCCUUUGGCGUCCUUAUCCCAUGGCCUUUAUCUGCUGUAUUAUUAUUACUGUUUAUGUUAAUUCCUGCUGGAGUGAAAGAGUACACUAAAUGCUGUCCAAAACACAAAUCUUCGUGUGGCCCUCAUCACAGAUGUUGGAAAAAACCUCUAAUCUGUACUACUUUGUUGAACUUUCUUCUUCUUCUUUUUUUUUAAUGGAAGUUCAAAUCUAUAAAUAACAUACUGCUGUUAAGACCUAAUUUGAAGUUUACAGGAAGUCUUAACCCAGCAGUCCCAAGGCAAGGACAAUUAACAUAGUGUCUGGACCCUAACCGGCUUUCAGAGAAACUGUCUUCAAGGAAAUGAAGGGCUUAGAGUUUUCUAGCAUCAUUGCCUGCUUUGUGCCUGUCUGUCAGUUCACCGCCUGCCAGAUACUGCAUGGCCCCAUCCUGGGAGUCAGCUCCGUGUGAGAGUGUGUGUGUGUGUGUGUGUGCGUGUGUGUGUGUAUGAGAGAGUCGAGGACUGCUCAGCCCUGGGGGUCUCUGGGAUGCAGCGUGCCUACAGCUAGCUCUCUGUUCAGCACUUCAGUGCGGACGUUGGGAUUUGGGUUGAGCAUACAGAGGCUUUUAUUCCUGGGUUCCCAUCCCUGUCCAGGAGCUGAGAAUGUGACUGAGAUGUGCUGUGUGAAAAGAAACCAGGCCCUCUUUGGCUCUUUGGGUGGUUGAACUCUGUACCAUGUCACCUUAGGACACUGAGCCUUGCCCUGCUUUCCUUUUGGGGAAGCAACUUGGGUGAACACUUCUGCAUCCUUUCUCUCAUAUGGAGUCGUGACACAAAGCUUUGUCUCCAGGCUGGGUGUGUAUUCCUCUCUGUGCUUUGUAGGGCUUUGCUGAAUAGACAUUUCGGGGGACUGUCUCCCUGGCUGUUCUCUCUCUCUGCACAGGGGACUCACUGAACUUCGAUGUCGAAAUGCCCGAUAACCAACUGGUUGUCUUGCAUGUGUUUGAAAAGGGUGGGGUGGGGUUGGGAACAGGGGUGUGGGUAUUGAGUAAGUUACUGAAAUGCUGAACCUGUUCGAUAUCCUCUAUGACCCCUUCUUUUCCCUUGCCGGGCUCGGGUACCUCACUCUCCUGCCUUGCACACAGCUUCUGGAGCCCAGGCCAGUCUCCCCAGCCUGCCGUGCACAGCGUCAGGGAUUCUUUGCUCCUGCUGCAAAAGCCGUGUGAACUUUCCUGGCCAGUAAUGGAAAGGGGAAUGCUAUUUAUUUUUAUAUUGUGUAUAUUUUGUCGUGGUCUGCUGAUUCCCUGUUUCACUGAGAGCGACACUUACCUCAAUAGUUAGUUCAAUAUUGUGUGUUGGAUAAUUUUUUAAGAGAACUUUUUAAGAAGCUUUUGAUCUUCAGAGGUCUGUAGAUUUAUUUCCAUAUGAACUGGUUAUUUUGUAUAAAGUACAUUCUUAAAAUA